GCUCAACUUUGUAGACUUGAAUGAAGGCGAAGCAGCCGCAGUAGUGCGCCGCAUCGCAGCGUAUGUUGCUAGCCAGCCAUACAGUCGGCGGAAUUUGGUCACGUGGCAGCAUUGCAGGCUUCCAGAUGGUGCAGUGGCACAGCUCAUGCGUCAUGGUAGACGUCAAACGGACUUUCGAGAGUUUGUUUCUGCUGCGGUUGGGGCCGAACAAUGUUCGAAGGAAACUUCUAGUAGGUCGGCAGAAGAUACCAUGCCAGCUGCAAAUAAGGAGAUGCAACUACUCAGUGACAGCAGUCAUGUGAGCAGCGGGCUGCUUCUUGAUGGUUCUGUCGCUGCUGCUGUGAAUCAUGAUACUUGGGUUUUGUCCUCUCGCGCGCUAGCGCAAGUCCGGCGGAAUCCCGUUGGAUCAGUAGAGGCGCCUCUUACUGUAAUGACGUCAAUAGCAGACGAGCAGCAAAAGCAGUUAGAAGUUAACCAGUCGUUCCUUCAGAAACUGGGUGUGCUUCCUUCGACGUCCAAGCUGAAUGUUGAAGAAACAUUUACGACCAUUGGAGGAAGCGAAGAGGACGCUUCUAGCAGAAAAGUACAGGAAAAUCCUGUGACAAGCGAGAGUGCGAAACAAGCAACACUGGAGGACGUUGAAGGGACAAAAGCCAAAUCGGUAUCAAGUGGUGCAGCGGUGCGUCAAAAAAAGCGCGCACAGGCCACUUUCAAACCCGCGUCGCCAGAGGUAGUAGCGGUAGCGGUCCCUCCAAUGAUGCUUUCUCCACUGCCGAGUCUCUGUUCGCGCGGCGGAUCGCGAGAUGAUACUGAGUUGGCGUUCCUGAGGCGGGGACUCGAUAGCAAAUCUAGUAUUGGUGGAGACUCGGAGGGAGCCGCGGCUUGCUCGCCCCUGCAGCAUUCCGCUUCGUCGCCUGUCUUCUUGAGAGUGCUGCCGCGAGAAGUCGGCGGAAACAGUAGCGCCGAUCUUCCAGAUUUCACGCUGGGGACAGCGAUGCAUGCGCACACGGAAACCGGGAAAUUUCAAAUUCCGGACAAAAACCCUGCGCCCAGUCACGAUGACGAUGGGCCUCUGCGCACAGGACCGGGGUAUCUUCCGACCAAGAGUACAAAAGAUGUUAUCAACAAUGCGAUUAUCAGUACAGGGCACACUGGGACCGCACGGCGGACUUCAACAUCUAACUCGACAACUAGCCAUGCGCCUCCAAUUGUUGUCUCCGCAGAUGCAUUGUGCUCGGUUUUGUUUUCUCCGCAACAGCUAAUGCACGAGAGUUCUGGAGAUUUUUCGAAGAAUGUUCUUCGAGAAUCAGGGUUUGGGAAGAAGCACGAUCAACGCCACGAACGCGUUUUGGCACCCCCAAGUCCGGGUCACCGAGUUGUGUAUGUCCGCAGGCAAGCACGCAUCCCUUUCGGUCGAUCGGGAACAGUGACUGCGAUCUAUUUUCACAACAGGGAGGAUAGAACUGUGGAUGUGCUUUUCGACCUUCCGGGGUUCGGAUUUGACGUAACGCAGAGAAUUGCAAACGUUCCAGCGCAAGAUGUUGUGGCUACGAGCCCUGCACACGACUUCUCGCAAGCAUCGCAAACAACAUCAGCGCGAAAUGAGUCCGUACUCGGUGGUGGAGGUGGGCGGCCUUUCCACCCUACCUUCGGAUUCUUGGGAGGAAAAAACGCAACCUUAUCUUCUUUAUCGACGACAGGGGCCGCGCUGUCGUCUCCGAGUACAGAUCCGCGAGUAACGCUUUCGUCCCUCGGGUUUGGAGAAAGUGUCACCUUGGGACGUGUGCGCGACGUGCGUCGUGCUCGCCAUGCAGACUUAGGUUUUUUCGAGGCUGCAGUAUUGAAAACCGCACCAAGUGAAAACCGGAGUUCUAUGUUGAAUCACCCGGUCUUGCGUAUAAAACACAAGCAGCAAAGUCGCAUAAAACAAGACGGGAGGUUGCGCAAGGAGAACGCGGAAAAAGCGGGGGGAGAAGUGCAACAUGAGGUAAUCAAGCACAAGAAAAGUGCUUCUAAGGAGAAUUCCAAAGAAAAUUCGCGCGAACAUCUGGUUAACGUCCAGAGUGAAACCACCAGCAGUGCAGAAAACGCAGAUGCCGGAGCUGCCACGAAACGAGCGCCCUACCGCGAUGGGCGUGAGGAACGAAUCAGGAUUAAGCAAAACCAUCGUGGUCCGCGUUUUCUGGCACCGGAUGACAACGAGGACGACGAUAAAAAAGAGAAUGAUAAACACAUCAAAACGGAACCAGGUCCUGUGCAAGCGGAAACAUUAAACGAAAGGACGACGAGGGAAGAGAACAACACCAGCACUGCAGCGAAGGGAAAUAAGGUAUCGACGAAGGGAAGUGAUGCUCCAAUGGAGAGGAGUGAGGGAAAGAACAAGAAAGACGAAGCAGAACAAAAAGGGAAAAAGCGCUCCACCUAUAAUGCGAAGAAUAAGGGAGGAAAGGACCGGAAGUCCUCAAAAGGCAAGGGUUGGGAACGUUCUUCCGGGAAGGCUGCUACAAAUGGUUCUUAGACCGUUCUGCCACGUGGAUGACGACCCUCACACCAAUAUUUGUUGAGCUUACUUCUGGUGGAAAAAUUCUAGGUCUUUCUUAAAGAAGAUGGUGUCGCCGUGAGCAACUUGUUCUCGCGCGUUGCGAAUCUUAGCUUUAUUGCAUCCAUCAUCCGCUUGUUCCGCGGUUCGUCCGUGCAUAGAAUCAGUCUUACUGUGGCC